CGGGGGCGCCGAGUCAAACCUGCUGCAGCCAAGUCGCCUCCCGGGCCCUACUGGGCGCGGGGCCCGGGCUCCAGGGCGUGCGGACCCAUCACCAGGUCAGACCGCGAACUCCCGGGAGCGCGAGCCCCGCCCUGAAAAAGAGGGCGCAGCCGGGAGUUGGGAAGCGGGUGCCGCGCUCAGGAGGCUGCGUCUUGGGCGCCGUCCUCGUGGCGGGGAGCGCACGGCCAAAGGGACAUGAGAUCGGAGAAAUCCCUGACGCCGGCGGCGCCGGGGGAGGUCCGUGAGCCGGAGGGGGCGCAACAGGAUGCGGGAGACUUCGCCGAGGCCGCGGGGGGCGGCGGCUGCUGUAGUAGCGAGCGCCUGGUGAUCAACAUCUCCGGGCUGCGCUUCGAGACGCAACUGCGCACCCUGUCGCUCUUCCCGGACACGCUGCUGGGGGACCCCGGCCGCCGUGUCCGCUUCUUCGACCCGCUCAGGAACGAGUACUUCUUCGACCGCAACCGGCCCAGCUUCGACGCCAUCCUCUACUACUACCAGUCCGGGGGCCGGCUGCGGAGGCCGGUCAACGUGCCGCUGGACAUCUUCCUGGAGGAGAUCCGCUUCUACCAACUGGGCGACGAGGCUCUGGCCGCCUUCCGGGAGGACGAGGGCUGCCUGCCCGAAGGGGGCGAGGACGAGAAGCCGCUGCCCUCGCAGCCCUUCCAGCGCCAGGUGUGGCUGCUCUUCGAGUACCCGGAGAGCUCGGGGCCGGCCAGGGGCAUCGCCAUCGUCUCCGUGCUGGUCAUUCUCAUCUCCAUCGUCAUCUUUUGCCUGGAGACCCUGCCCCAGUUCCGCGCGGACGGUCGAGGUGGAAGCGGUGGCGGCAGUGUGAGCCGAGUGUCCCCGAGUUCUGGGGGGAGUCAGGAGGAAGAGGAGGAUGAAGAUGAUGCCUAUAAAUUCAACUCUGACAUCUCCCCUGGGGGCCUCGCGCCGGGGGACCCCUCCUCACUCAGUACGCUGGGGGGCUCCGUCUUUACAGACCCCUUCUUCCUGGUGGAGACCCUGUGCAUUGUGUGGUUCACCUUCGAGCUGCUGGUGCGCUUCUCCGCCUGCCCCAGCAAGCCAGCCUUCUUCCGCAACAUCAUGAACAUCAUCGACCUGGUGGCCAUCUUCCCCUACUUCAUCACCCUGGGCACCGAGCUGGUGCAGCAGCAGGAGCAGCAGCAGGCGAGUGGCGGCGGUGGCCAGAAUGGGCAGCAGGCCAUGUCCCUGGCCAUCCUCCGAGUCAUCCGCCUGGUUCGGGUCUUCCGCAUCUUCAAGCUCUCCCGCCACUCCAAGGGGCUGCAGAUCCUGGGCAAGACCUUGCAGGCCUCCAUGCGGGAGCUGGGGCUGCUCAUCUUCUUCCUCUUCAUCGGAGUCAUACUCUUCUCCAGCGCGGUCUACUUCGCGGAGGCCGAUGACGAUGACACGCUCUUCCCCAGCAUCCCGGACGCCUUCUGGUGGGCAGUGGUCACCAUGACCACAGUAGGUUAUGGGGACAUGUACCCCAUGACGGUGGGGGGCAAGAUCGUGGGCUCCCUCUGUGCCAUUGCUGGGGUCCUCACCAUCGCCCUGCCCGUGCCUGUCAUCGUGUCCAACUUCAACUACUUCUACCACCGCGAGACGGAGCAGGAGGAGCAGGGCCAGUACACCCACGUCACUUGUGGGCAGCCUGCACCCGACCUGAAGGCAGCCGACCAUGGCCUUGGCAAGCCCGAGUUCUCCGAGGCUGCCCGGGAACGGAGACCCAGCUACCUCCCUACGCCUCACCGGGUGUACGCUGAGAAAAGAAUGCUCACUGAAGUUUGACUGAUGCGGGCACGGCCUGCACAAGAGGGUGCCUCUGAACACACGACAUCUCUUAGGCUUCCUUCUCAAUCCUUGAAACGCAAAUCCUAGCUCUCUCUGCUUGCUUUCCUGACUCCCUCUCCUUUAUCUCAUGGAUGGCACCCAGCACCAAAUACCUGGACUUUAAACCUUGUGGCUUGGUCCCCAAAACAUUCAAGGAUUAUCCAUCUGAGUGACAUUUUGAAAUUCCAACGGUGCCACCCAAUCACCCCCAUCUUCAAUCCCGCGGAUGGGACAUACAUUCUUCCCCUCUGGUCUUCCCUCAAGACUGAUUUUUCAUGUCUAGGACUAAAACUAUCUCCAGGAACGACGAGGCUGCUGGGCUGGAAACCAGGCUUACCUGGGUCCUGUCGCUCCUUAGUGUCCUUUGUUUAGGGACAAGCACAUGUCCAAGCUCCUGGUAGCUGGCAGAAGCUGGGACAUAGGGGAGGGAGGGGACGGAGAGAGUACUCAACCUGCUGUUUUCUUCCAGUGUCCUGAAACACCUGCUGAUCAUUCUGCUAAGGACUCCUUGGUAAGGCCUUUCGUUCCAUAGUCUGCUAAAGUGUUACUCACCUCUAAUUGGGAAACUACAAUUCAACACCUAGAGGGCAUGGAGGUCAGUCCUGGAUCAAGUGGACAAGGGAUUCUCCCAGGUGUGUUUUGGCCUGGUAGACAUUGGACUUUGGUCUGCAUUUAUUCCUCCCCACCCUGAUCCCUUGACUCUGUCUUCCAGGAAGGUUCCUUCUCAGAACCAAAUACUCUCUAAUGUAAGUGCCUUCCUGUGCAGAGGAACUGAAAAAAAACAAAACCCAAAACAAAACAGGGGAGGGGACCCCAGAGUCAAGAGAAGUGGCUGAGUAGAGUCAAGCCAUUGACUUGAUCACACGUUGAGACGAGAUGCCACUGAAAUGGGUCUUUUCAUCACUGAGGGCAGCAGACCCUAGGUGCUGACUACCGAUGUCUGUGCUUCUCCCUCACCCUCCUCCCUCCUUCCUGGGCAUGGGACUUAGGUUGGCAGGUAAAGGUAAGGUGACCAGACAUCCCGCUUUUGGCGGGACAGUCCCGCUUUUUAACAAAUUCCCCCGUGU